ACUAUAAUUUAAGAUGGGACCCGCACGAUUACGGUGGCGUGGACAUGCUGUAUAUUCCUUCCAAACUCAUUUGGUUGCCCGAUAUUGUUUUGUACAAUAAGAAUGGAUUGACGUGAGUUUACAGUGGGAUCCAAAGGAAUAUGGAGAAAUUAAAACGCUUGAAUUACCUUCAGAGAACAUAUGGCUCCCAGACAUAGUUCUCUUCAAUAAGUAAGUAGAAAUUACAUUUUCAUGUAUAAAAUAAUGAAUGUAAGAUAAAAUAUACAAAUCAUUUGUGUUGUGAUUAAACGCUUUAAAUUACAUGGAAUGCUUGGUAAUUAAAUAUAGCAGAUAUUUAUAGUCAAUGAAAAUUGAUAAUAUUUUACAUUUAAGUAAAUGACAUAAAUUGUAAAGAGUAUGCACUUGUAUUCACAGCUUAAAUAAAUACAGAAAAGAAUAUUCUGCAAUUUAUAGUAUGACAAUUAAUUAUUCAAAAUGUGAAAUCAUAUGAAGAGUUAGUGUAGUGAUUGAAUAACCUUUUUAAGCUUUAACCAAUAUUUUCUUUUUCAGGUAAAACGUUUUUAUUAUUUUCAGAACUCGUUAAGAAAUUGAAUAAUUUUAUCAUAAUUCUAUUGCAAGCGAAUCUUCCAUUACCUACAGGUAUUUGCAAUCUCCCGGCAACCCCGGGUGGCUACUAUCCCCUAGGAGCACGUGGCACGUGACUCCUCGUGCAUUGGGAUAGGGUGAGAGCACUCUAGAGAACACACUGCAGUCACAACAGCUUCAAACUUUUCCCUUUUUCGCAUUUUGGGUGUGAUUAUGAAAAGCUUUUAGAUAUUUUUGUUUUAAAUGUUCAUUUCAAUAAUGUCUAAACCUGGAUUUAAAAGUGGGCGACAUCAUGAAAGUUUUCAAGGAUGAAUUGUUUGUAAUAAAAAAAAGCAUGGUGUUUUAGUUGAAAUGGCUAUUAUUUAUUUCGGUUGCGGUAUAAUAAUUGCAUUGGUUGAAGUUCAUAGAAAGCUCUCUUUCAGUGCUGAUGGUCAGUACGAAGUAACUUUGAUGACAAAAGCGACUUUAAACUAUACUGGUGGUGUAGUGUGGGAACCUCCUGCCAUCUACAAAAGUUCCUGUACGAUCGAGGUUGAAUUUUUCCCAUUUGACAUACAGCUAUGCUCAAUGAAAUUUGCUUCAUGGACUUAUGAUGGUACGCAAGUGGACUUGAUACACGAGUGUUCAAAACACAAAAACAAGAAGGAAGUCAUUCAGAAUGGCAUAGACUUACGAGGUUUCUACGAAUCCGGGGAAUGGGACGUCCUUGAAGUGACUGCUGAGAAAAGCCUCAACUAUACGGACGCUCCAGACAUCACUUUCAACGUAACAAUUCGGAGGAAGACAUUAUUUCACACCGUAAAUUUAAUUAUACCUUCUGUUGCAAUAUCCUGCUUAACCAUCCUGGUAUUUUAUCUCCCCUCUGACAGCUGUGAGAAGAUUACCUUGUGUAUCUCUAUUUUGCUCUCACUUAACUUCUUUUUCCUGCUCCUCGCCGAGAUUAUCCCGCCAACGUCUAUAGUGGUACCGCUAAUAGGCAAGUACCUGCUGUUUACUAUGAUAUUGAUUACCCUGUCAAUCAUAGUGACGGUGAUAACAUUAAAUGUGCACUUCCGGUCUCCGUCUACGCAUACCAUGGCGCCAUGGGUACGGCGGGUGUUUCUUAACAUCUUGCCUAAAAUGCUUUUAAUGAGGAGACCAAACCUUGAGCACGAAAAAAUUGCCAGAACCAUCGUGAGGACCUGUAAUGGUAUAGAAAUGAGAGACCAGUAUGUAAACAGACAAGAUUUAGAGUUUGAUACCAGCAGGAUACUGAGGCAGCGUAAUACUGGAGAUGGUUCUGUGGUAGAAAGGCAGCUUCCACCAGACGUACAAGAGGCUAUAGAUAGCAUCGUAUUCAUCGCUGAACAUCUCAAGAAGGGUGAUUACUCAGCAUCGAUAAGUGAAGAUUGGAAGUAUGUUGCUAUGGUAUUAGAUCGCCUGUUUCUAUGGAUAUUUACUGUUGCUUGUGUUGUUGGGACAUUCGGUAUCAUUCUUCAGGCGCCCACUCUGUAUGACAACAGAAAUGUUAUCACUCCUGUGACAAACUACCCGUGCUGACGGACAUUUUGAAGUACAACUUUUCACGAAAGCAACAUUGCUGCACACUGGCUUAGUUAUCUGGGAACCUCCAGCUAUCUAUAAAAGCGCCUGUAUAAUGAAUGUAGAAUUUUUUCCAUUCGAUGUUCAAAAGUG